AUGGCUACCAACACCAAUGAUCAAGAUUCUAAAUCGACGAAUCCUUCUGAUUCGCCUCCGGUUUUUGCGCUCAAUGAAAGGAUACUUUCUUCCAUGGCAGAUAAAAAAGAUGCUGCUGCUCAUCCAUGGCAUGACUUAGAAAUUGGACCAGGAGCUCCAUCAGUUUUCAAUUGUGAUCAUAUUUCUGGUGUGGUUGAAAUUGGCAAAGGGAGUAAGGUUAAGUAUGAACUGGACAAGAAAAGUGGACUUAUAAAGGUUGAUCGCAUUCUUUACUCAUCAGUUGUCUACCCACAUAACUAUGGUUUUAUUCCAAGAACCCUCUGUGAAGAUGAAGAUCCCUUGGAUGUCCUGGUUCUGAUGCAGGAGCCUGUGAUACCUGGUUGUUUCCUUCGUGCCCGUGCUAUUGGGUUGAUGCCCAUGAUUGACCAGGGAGAGAAGGAUGACAAGAUCAUAGCAGUUUGUGCUGAUGACCCCGAGUUCCGCCACUACCAGGACAUCAAGGAGCUUCCUCCACAUAGGCUUGCUGAAAUCAGAAGAUUCUUUGAGGACUACAAGAAGAAUGAGAACAAAAUAGUCAAUGUUGAAGACUUUCUACCAGCUGAAUCUGCUGUUCAGGCUAUCGAACACUCCAUGGACCUGUAUGCUGCUUAUGUAGUUGGAAACUUAAGGAAGUGA